CCUGGCGAUCUGGCGACCUGGCAAUCAAAUGGAGCGUCUGAGAAAAGCCGCCGCGACACAGCUGGAGGGUCUGCUGGGGCCCCGUCGAUUGGAGGCCCGGUGGGCGUCGAGUUAUCGCAAGGCCACGGUAUCGUCUCUCUUUGUACCGACGGUGACGAAAGAAGCUCUUGCUGGGGAACCUAAUCUCUGCGCCAGCGCAGAUCUGUUGCUACGUGGCGGCUUUAUCCGUCAGUCAUCGUCCGGCAUAUAUAGCUUCCUUCCGUUGGGACUCCGAGUUCUCAAUAAGCUGGAAAGGAUCAUUGAUGAGGAGAUGCAAAGCAUUGGCGGGCAGAAAUUGGCCCUGCCCUUGUUGCUGGGGACGCACGCCUGGAAAAAGUCUGGCCGAUGGAAGCCUGCGGGGACCGAGAUGAUGAACAUCAAGGACCGAAAGGGGACCGAAAUGAUUCUUGCCCCGACGCACGAGGAAGAAAUCACUCAACUAGUGGCCUCGGAGAUAUCCUCGUAUCGACAGAUGCCUCUGCGGCUCUAUCAGAUUGGGAAAAAGUACCGAGAUGAGCUCAGACCCAGACUCGGCCUGCUUCGCGGACGCGAGUUCAUCAUGAAGGACAUGUACUCCUUUGAUGUCUCGGAGCAGGAUGCUCUCACCACCUAUGACGAAGUGCGGGGGGCCUACGAUCGGAUUUUGACUCGCAUAGGCCUCCCCUUUGUGUCGGCAGAAGCGGAUUCUGGAGAAAUCGGCGGCGACCGAUCUCACGAGUACCAUUUGAUCAGCCCAGUGGGCGAGGACACAGUUCUGACAUGCGGCAACUGUGGCUAUGUCGCCAACGAGGAGCGAGCGGUUGGGCAUAUUGUCGUGCCAGCCUCGACAAGCUCUUCUCGAGAUGUCGUCGACGAGGCCGUGUCGCAACUCCUGGUGUCCCAUCGCUCGCGCCUGCCUCUGGAUCUGCAGGCUCUCGACUUUAGUGAUAUCAAAGCCGAAUUGGCUCUGGUGGGCGAAAGUCCCGAGCAGCUCGUGAUUGUGUUGCUCCGGAGGGGGCGGCGCAUGAACUCCAUCAAGACCAAGGCACACAGCUUGGUGGCCGACCAAGACCUUCGCUUCGUGGAUGACAGGCAGAAGCACGAGAUCCUCCAGGCUCUCAGCACGUCACAAGGCUCCCUUCGAGGACUGACUGUGCUGGUUGACACGAGCAUUCCAACAGCCGUGAGUCCGCAUGGUUCACCGUCGUCUGGACUGCCCGAGCAAAUGCAAGGCAACAGCAGUCUCGCCACCGGGCUCAGCCAGCCGAGCUUCCAAUAUGCGAUUGGCGACUUCCACAACGCCGAUGCCGGCGACGGAUGUCCAAAAUGCAACUCAAGCAGCAGCAAUCCUGAGCACCUCCUCAAAGGGCAUCGCGCAAUCGAAGUGGCGCACACUUUUUAUCUGGGAACCAAGUACUCGGUGCCGCUGGAUGCCACUUAUAAAACCGAGUCCGGCGUCCGGGAGCCCAUGCAAAUGGGCUGCUAUGGCAUUGGCGUCUCUCGGAUGGUUGCAGCCAUUGUCGAGUCGAGCCACGACAAUGACGGUAUCAUCUGGCCGAGCGCCGUCUCUCCCUAUCGCGUGUGCAUCAUCCCUCUCUUUCAGAAGAAGAAUGCUGCCUCCAACAGCAAACUGCAGGCCGGCAUCGACCAAGUAUAUGAUCGCCUGAGUCGGCGCUUUGGAAACGACAUCAUUAUCGACGACCGAAUGGGCCUAACACCCGGAUACAAGAUCAAAGACUCGCUCCUGGUUGGAUAUUCGGACAUUGUCGUGCUCGGAAAGAGCUGGCUGAACGACGGUCUGGUUGAAGUGCAGAGCCGUCGCUCUGGCGAAAAGCGAGUCGUCAGUCUGGACGAGAUGGAGGCGCUUCUGGUCGACACAGAGGCCGUGCAAUUGCAGUGACAUGAGAUACUUGUUUCAAUGGCACCCGAGUAGAGAUUUGAAGCGCCCAUGAUCUUGUGUAUGCGCGUGAUUUUGCCCAUCAUCCUUUCAACACGCUGAAAUCCGCGAGCCACAA